UUCAUUAUACCUAAUUUAUGGCGUCAAAGUUAUGCCGGACAAAACUCCUCCUCCGCCGCCGCCGUUCAUUUCCCGGCGACAAAGCUUACUAUUGUUCAAUCUCAACGGAAUCGUCAAUCUCCGAUGAAUCCUUCAUUGCACAUCCAUCCCAUUAUCAUCUCUCCUCCAUCAAAUCCAAGGAACAACUACUCAAAUCAUAUACAGUCACUCCCCCAAUCAAACCUUGGCCUCAAAAACUUCAUCCUAAACGUCUAAUCUACAUGAUCACCCAGCAACAAAACCUCGACCUUUCUCUCCAAAUCUUCGAUUACGCAGGUAAUUACCAUCCAAAUUAUCACCACACUUACGAUACCUACCAUUCCAUCAUCCACAAGUUAGGUCGGGCUCGUGCUUUUGAACCAGUUGAAGUCCUUUUGAAAAAACUGCAUCAAUCCGAUAUCGUUUGUGGUGAAGAUCUAUUUAUUACUGUGAUCAGAUGCUAUGGAUUUGCAGGUCGUCCGAAAGAUUCGUUUCGUACAUUUCUACGUAUAAAAGAUUUUGGUGUUCAACAUUCGGUUAGGUCAUUCAAUACGUUGAUGAAUAUUCUAGUUCAAAAUAAACAGUUGGAGCUUGUCCAUUCUGUGUUCAAGAACUGUCAUAAGAAAUUCGGUAUCAUACCCAAUAUCUUUACUUGUAACAUUCUGUUGAAAGCAUUAUGUAAAAUGGAUGAUAUUCAAAGAGCGAUUCAAGUCUUGGAUGAAAUGCCUGGGAUGGGUUUGAUACCUAAUGUUGCUAGCUAUACAACUAUACUAGGUGGGUUUGUUUUCAGGAAGGAUAUGGUUAAUGCACAGAAGGUGUUUGAUGAAAUUCUUGACCGAGGAUGGGUUCCUGAUACCAUUACAUACACUGUAUUAAUGGAUGGAUAUUGCAGACAGGGGAAACUUCUUGAAGCUGUUAAAUUGAUGGAUGAAAUGGAUGUGAACCAAGUUCAGAUUACCGAUGUGACAUACGGAGUAAUAAUCGAAGCGUAUUGUAAAGAGAAGAAACCAGUUGAAGCACUUAAACUUCUUGGCGAUAUGCUUGAGAAGAAAUAUAUACCAAGUUCUACACUUUGCUGUAAGGUUAUUGAUGUUUUGUGUAAAGAAGGGAGGGUUGAAGAAGCUUGUGAUCUAUGGAAGAAGCUGUUGAGGAAGAAUUGCACUCCUGAUAAUGCAAUAUCGGCCACACUCAUUCAUUGGCUUUGUAAGAAUGGGAAGAUUUGGGAAGCGAGGAAGAUAUUCGACGAAUUCGAUAAAAGUUCAAUUCCCUCGGUUUUAACUUAUAAUUCUCUUAUAUUUGGAUUGUGUGAAGCAGGUGAGCUUUGUGAAGCUGGGAGAUUAUGGGAUAAUAUGGUGGAGAAAGGAUGUUUGCCUAAUUCAUUUACUUUUAAUGUUUUGAUUAAUGGUUUUUGUAAAGUUGGAAGUCCAAAGGAAGGUGUUAGAGUUUUCGAAGAGAUGUUGGAGAAAGGUUGCUUGCCGGAUAAGUCGACUUAUACUAUUUUGAUCGAUGGAUUUUUCAAAUCGGGGUUGGAUCUAGAGGCUGUUGAUUUGCUUUCGAGAGCGGCUUAUUCGAGUGUUGGAGUUGAUAUAGAUUCUUGGACCCUAUUUGUGAAUUUGUUUGUCAAAAAUUUUGAUGCUACCAACAACAUUUUAGAUACAAUUUUGACAUGAUGUAUUGAACAUUGUUUGUACCAUUAGAAGUAUUUGUGAUAACUCUAUCUAAUCAUUUCGAUAAUAUUUGCAAAGAUUCAAUGUGA